AGAUACUGCAGAGGAAGCUCCAUGAAAAGCUGGCAAAACCGUCUUAGCUGUAUGGACACAACCGAGAGUUAAUCCAACAGUGAAGAGGACAAGGAGCUGAAAUCAUUCAAUACUGGGAGUCUGAAAAAAGGCUGAUCUAUAUAACUGCCAAAACCUUUAUGGAUACCAAACAUUUACCUACAAGUGGACUGGGUGGGAUUUGAUGUGGAUCAUGUAACUGUAAUGUUCUGGUUUUCCAGCAUCAUCAGAGUUUCAGUAAAAACCUCAUUUUAGAGGAAUUCACAUGGACUUGAAAAUAGAUAAAAGAGAGACAACAAGCGAAUCUGUGUAUCUGUCGUCAUCGUCUUCCUACAUGCAGCUGCCCGCUUAGCUUUAUUGAAAAGGAGGGGCCCAUUAAAGCCUUUGACAGAUAGGAAGGCUUGGUCUGAAGGUGUUGUUGCCGGCUUGCUGCCAGUUGGAGAUGAGAUAAGAGCGCUGGGAAGAGAGAAAAGAUGUGCCUGUCUGACAGGAGCUGAAUACAAAUUAGGAUUCGUAUCCCCUGCAGCUACACCAGUGAGGCGAAUCAAUAUUGGAGAAGAGAAAUGGACAAAUUAGUCGGCUUCAAUUACGGGAGCGUUAGUUAUGAACUGAAAUGAUGGGAAUUGAUGUUUGCUAAAGGUCGAUUUAGAAUCACAUUGCAAUACAAAGGAUGGGGAAUGAAGGAAAAUAAGCUGGAUAAAAGGCAAGCACACUGUACAGCCAUCAUCAGUACCAUGCCUGAACUGAUCCAUGUGCAGUUUUAGAUAACAAUCAUGAGGCUGGUCUAAACUUUGGAGAAAAGAAGGCGAGAUGGAGCUGGAUAACAGCUCAGUGGACUACUUUACCAGCAACUCCACAGAGAUCCCUAACACCACUACGACUCCUCCCUGGAGUGAUGCCACGUUACUCGGCCUACAGGUCUCUCUCUCUGCGCUCUUAGUUGUUGUCACGCUGGCUACCGUGCUUUCAAAUGCCUUCGUCAUUGCCACCAUCUUUCUGACCAGGAAGCUCCACACACCUGCCAACUUCUUAAUCGGCUCCCUUGCUGUCACAGACCUGCUGGUGUCUAUUUUAGUGAUGCCGAUAAGCAUCCUCUACACCGUUAGCAAGACCUGGUCGCUAGGGCAGAUUGUUUGCGACAUCUGGCUGUCGUCUGAUAUCACCUUCUGCACGGCCUCCAUUUUGCACCUGUGUGUGAUCGCGCUGGAUCGCUACUGGGCUAUCACAGAUGCGCUGGAGUACUCGAAACGGCGCACCAUGCGCCGGGCGGCUGUCAUGGUUGGGGUGGUUUGGGUCAUCUCCAUAUCUAUUUCCAUUCCUCCAUUAUUCUGGCGGCAGGCCAAAGCCCACGAGGAGCUGACAGAGUGCAUGGUGAAUACAGAUCAGAUCUCUUACACGUUGUACUCCACCUUCGGAGCCUUCUACGUCCCCACGGUACUCCUCAUCAUCCUCUACGGACGGAUCUAUGUUGCCGCUCGCUCUCGAAUCUUUAAAACACCAUCCUCGGGCAAACGCUUCACCACUGCACAGCUCAUCCAGACCUCUGCAGGCUCCUCUCUCUGUUCUCUUAAUUCUUCCUCCAACCAGGAGGCACACCUACACUCUGGCAAUGUGGGAGGAGGAGGGUCGCCGCUGUUCAUGAAUAGUGUGAAAGUGAAGCUGGCAGACAGCGUGGUGGAAAGGAAACGUCUUUGUGCGGCUCGGGAAAGGAAAGCGACCAAGACACUGGGCAUCAUCCUGGGCGCCUUCAUUGUCUGUUGGCUCCCGUUCUUUGUUGGCACACUUGUCAUGGCCAUAUGUAAAGAGUGCUGGUUUGACCCAGUGCUUUUUGAUAUAUUUACCUGGCUGGGAUACCUGAACUCCCUCAUCAAUCCUGUUAUCUACACCGCAUUCAACGAUGAGUUCAAACAAGCUUUCCAAAAACUCAUGAAACUCAGACGGCUCUCCUGAAAAACAUACAUAAUAAUAAUGAUAAUGAGAUAAUGAGAGUACUGUACAGUACACUUAAAUGUUCCAUCUUGUAAACACAUGAUGAUUGUGAUUUUUGUUUUGUUUUUUACAUCAAACAGCUCUGUGCCAUAUAGCUCUUUAGAUUCCUACAGAAUAUCCUCCAUAUAGACCUGCAUGCUAAAAAAAUAAAAAUAAAAUAAAAAACAGAGAAAAUCUUCACCCCUAAGAAUCGUGGAACUCAACUUAAAAAGAUAAAGAAACGGGGAUUCGAAGUCUAUUUCAUGUCACCGGGACGUGGCUGUUAUUUCUUGGACAAAAGUAGAAAAACAGGAUUAGUGUAACUGUACGGAACGAGCAAACUCAGAGUGAUUGGAUUUGAUCCAGCGGAAAAGAAAAGCCAUGAAAUAUAUGUUGUCUUAAUCUCUGUGUCAUACUGUAUCUGCUGCUCAAAUAUAAUGUUUCUGUGGUACAGUAAAGUUCUUACUCUAGAGUAUAGAGUAUAUAUAUAUGCAAUUAUCCUUCAAAAUCAGUGUGUGUGUCUGUAUGAGUGUAUGUAAAGGUAGUUUACAUAGGUAGUAUGUUACUGUAAUAUAUGCUUGUUUGACGAAGGGAGGAUUGUCAAGUGUUUGACAUCUAUACGUGCUAUUCUCCAGUGAGGCUUGUUUCGUCAUCACAGAGACUGCGAUGGAAACAGACUGCGACGGAAACAUUUUGCUCUCUGAAUAUUAAGUUUAAUGUCAUAGCAACAAAUAAACCGUUUCAAAAGUCUUAUGAGACACUAUGCUCGAGCAACAAGGACAAGGUAAGGGCAAACAUUCACAGUCACGGUUACUGAGCAUGCACUCAUUUUCCUAAAUGCAGAUGCUUUGUUUGAGUGUCUUUGGCAGAUGCUACACACUCACAGGGAAUCUGAUUCACUGAUGUUAAAAAAAGACCACGACAAAGAUUUCAUUGUCUUCACGGAACAGCUGUGCGUAAUUGUAUUCUUCUGUUGAUGUGCUCACUCCUGACAACAAAGUCAGGAGUCUAAAAUUAUUCUGAUAAUUUCAAACUUACUAAACGUAUAAAGCAAGCGUCUGUCUUGAUGGUGACCAACAAGCAA